AUGGCGGACCCAACGAUACAGACGUUCUGCUGCCACAACCGGAUACGAUCACCACCGGCGAUCAAGCUGAUGUCGGAGUUCGAUACGGAUGGUUACAUCGUGGUGUGUUUGGUGUCGUCCGUGUUUGGAAUAGCCGGCGCCAUCUAUCAGAUCUGGAUCCGACACGAGGAUGGACCCACGCACCAUGCCGUCCGGCGAAGGCGCGGCGGUGAGCUUACCUUAUCAAACCAGAACCUAGGCCGACAGAUCAUUGUUUGGCUGGCGGUCGCAGACCUAUGCGCUUCGUUGGGGGUAUUUCUUCGGUCCGCGCUGUGGAAGUACAUCAAGGAUGUGCUACCGCCGGACAGCGACGUGGACGAUACGACGAACGUCAUCUUCUGUGCCGUUUCGUCCGCCUGGAUACAGUACUUCUACAUGUGCACCUGGCUGUGGACACUCUGCUACGCGAUCAACGUACGACGGCAGCUGGGCGGUGCACGGUACGCACUGCGCACGUACCACUGCUACGUGUGGAGCAUAUCGGCGCUUUUAACCGGCGUCGGAUUGACGGUGCUUUAUGUGCCAGAUGCGGACUGCCACAACGUACACGACAUGACGACGGCGUACAUGCGCAUCCUGCCAAACUAUGUGAUGACUUACGGACCAAUGAUAGCCGUGAUGGUCGCGAACCCGGUAAUCUACUACCAAGCGUCGCGGGAAGUCGACCGACAACUAGUGGCACGCUUUAGCCAAAUGUCCAACACCGAACGGGACCUGAUGACGAAGUUUAAGCUCAAGUUUUCCCUCAUCAAUCUCGUGUUUUACGUAUGCUGGUUACCGAACCUUGUGAACGGUAUCGUGCUGUGGACGAUGUGGUUCAAUCUGCCCUUUUCGAUGGUCAUCAGUGUGUGGUACAUAAUGGCCAUUACGAAUCCACUGCAGGCAUUCUUCAACUCGCUCGUCUACCAGAAAUGGAACUGUCGGUUGCGAUUCCGCCGUCAGGGUAGUUCCGAUUCCAGUGCGGAACUUCGACGACGCAACCGUACCUCCAUGGUGCACAAUGAGGGAACGCCUUUGUUGCAGGCAAAAACGGAAUCACCGUCCGCCUCCAACCUACACCUGAACCAGCCAUCUGUUGAACUGAUGCCGACACCGACACGGAGCAUCAAUUCCUGCUCGCUCGUAUGA